GGGGGUUUGACUUUUUACUAUUACCAAAACUACCGCUACAACUCUGGAUGUUUGCUGCUAUGCUUGUUUUAACUUCCGGGGUGUUCGCGUUUAAAGUGUUUCAAAAGAAUUGAAGUCGGCAUUCAUGUAGUAUUAUGCGUAACAUAUUGGGGAUCCUUGUGGCAUCCUGCGGAUAUUUACCCGACAAGUGGAGAGUAAUGGUGUUGUGAAGGAGCCAACGCAGAGUGACGGCGGCAUUGCAAAAACGAAGACAACAAACAAAUGGUUCGCUUGGCAUCGUUUGCUGCUCGAAACGCUGCAGCUAAGGCACAGGCCGAUGGUGUGGAUGCGGACAGCGGUGUCCCGCAGGGCCAGCAGCCCGGGGAGACUCCCGAGGCGCAGGAGGCCGCCCUGGUGGCUAUGUACCAGUCCGCGCUGGUCAGCGCUGCGGAAGGGAGGACGAGGGACGCGGUGGAGGGCUUGCAAGCCGUGUUGAGUCAUCCCAUGCUGGCUCUGGAGCCAGGCAGUGCGGCAAGCACACGUGGCACGCUCCGGGAGCUGCGCUUCCUGACGCUCCGGAACCUGGCGGACCAGUUGGGGCAGCUGGAGGAGCAGCAAGCGCAGGAGGGAGGGCAGCAGCAAGGAGACGGUUGGGGCUGGGGAGGCGGGGAGGACAGUACAACAGCGGUGCGGUUGCACUUGUACGGCGAGGCUGUACUGCAACAGCACGCGGACUCUCAGG